UCUGUAGGAAAGAGAAAAGGAAAUAGCGAAUGAAGUUAGGAAAUUGUAUUGGAUGCUGUGUUGUUUGAUGAUGAUAGAAGUACGAGGACGCGCGGUGUGAGGCUCCUUUAUACCUGAUGACCAGUCUCGUUAUCCACGAGAUUCCAUCAUGGCUGAUGGAGCUAGCGGCACAUCUUUGUCACUGCGCUGCCCAGAGUCACAUUCUCUCGCCAUGUUGCUGUUCGAGGCAACAUUCUGGAGAAUACGGUGAGUCGAUAGCGCGGACAGGGCAGCUGAGGGACUCGCUAAAGCACAGCCCUACGGGUGUGGCGGACCAGGGUGCUAUGUAUGGACGAUUGCUUUGUCCGCACGGAGUCAUUGGAAAGCGAGGACCGCUGGGCUGUGGCUGGUGGGCAGCAGUGCGGGCGCGAGACCUGAGUGGAUGGAGUGGAGUGAUGGCGAUGACGGCGUGGAGUCGCAUGCUUUGUUCGGCUGGAACGCUCCGAGCUAUGUUUAGAAGCCGAAGGUGGCUAGGGCUUUUUGGGGCUUAGCGCUUUCCUGUUCGAGAGAUUCCCGAGCUAGCCCUCACACCUCGCCCGUCAGGUUACAUACCGCGCUCCACCUCCAGCUGGCCACCGC